AUGGCUUCUGAAUAGAAAUUAUUAGAAUAAGAAACACCAAAAAAGGAAUUAGGAAAGCCAAGAACGAAAAAAUAAAAAAAAUAUGAUAGCGAGAAUUCAAAGAGUUAAACUAAUACUAAUACUAAAGGGGAAUGUAAGUAUGAAAAUUUAUGAUAGCAAAAAGAAAACUUGAUAAUGCAUGGAAUUAAUUGGAGCAAAAAUAAAAUAUAUUAAUGAUUUAGUAGUCAUAGUGUUGCUCAGAAUUAGAAAUUGAAUCAAGAGUUUCAUCUACCCAAGAAAAGAAAAAAAGCAAAAGGUAGUCUAAAGAAUGUAAGGCUAGAAAAAAAUGCUAAGAGGUUUUGUCAAGAAUUGAAGAAGAGGAUUCGUUUGGUGGCUAUCUUAUGGAACAAUGCUAAUGA